UUUUGAAAACGACGACCAUCUUUUAACUUUCGGUUGCGUUUUACUGUAGCAAAAAUACCGAUCACUUGUACUUUACAUUUAGUCGAAACAUGGCUUUCCAGUGUCAGAGGGACAGUUAUAUGCAAGAGUUCGACACAUGUGUAGUCUCUUGCGUGCCUGCAGAAUUAACCCUAGAGAAUAAUGGAAAGAAAGAAAAGCUGAAGGGCUUUAAUCUGAAACUGAAAGACACGAUUCUGUUUCCGGAGGGUGGAGGACAGCCUGAUGAUCGUGGGACGGUUGGAGGUGUCAGUGUCCUGCGUGUGUUGAGACAGGGUCCAGAUGCGGUGCAUUUCAUCAGCUCUGCCCUGGAGGAGGGUCAGGAGGUGCACAUCAAACUGAACUGGGAACGGCGCUUUGACCACAUGCAGCAACACUCGGGUCAACACUUGAUCACAGCUUUGGCUGAUACGAUGUUUGGCUACAAAACUACUUCUUGGGAAUUGGGACGUCAGCGUAGCAGCAUAGAGCUGGACACAGCCACGGUGAAGCCCGGAGAGAUGGAGGCUUUGGAGGCGGCUGUGAAUGAGAAGAUUCGUGCACACGUUCCAGUCGCCGUCAAUCUCCUGUCCAUUGAUGAUCCUGCUGUUGAGAAGGUGAGAAGCCGCGGUCUUCCUGAUGACCCUGCUGGUCCCAUCAGAAUCGUGGACAUUGAGGGUGUAGAUGCUAACAUGUGCUGUGGGACUCAUGUGUCCAACCUCAGUCACCUUCAGGUUAUAAAGAUUUUGGGGACCGAAAAAGGGAAGAAGAAUAAAACCAAUCUGAUCUUCAUAGCUGGCAACAGAGUGCUGAAAUAUGCUGAAAAGAGUUACAGCAUUGAAAAAUCACUGACCGGCCUUCUCAAGACAGGGGCAGAUGAGCAUGUUGAUGCUGUGGACAAGCUACAGAAGACGGUCAAACGACUUCAGAAGAGUAAUCUAAUUAUCCUGAGGGAAAUGGCUGUUCUGAUAGCGCAGAACUUCAAAAACAAACCGGACAGAGGAAACUUCUUCAGCAUGCACAAUAAAGACGGUGAUAAUGAGUUCAUGAACAUCAUCGCCAAUGAAAUUGGAUUUCAGGAUACAGUGAUCUUUCUGACCGUGGGCGAGGAGAAGGGUGCAGGACUGUUCCUGCUCGCAGGGCCUGAGAAUACCGUCACUGAAGUGGCACCUCGGGUGUCAGAGCUGCUGCAGGGUAAAGGAGCAGGGAAGGCUGGACGUUACCAGGGUAAAGCCAAUAGUUUGGUGAAGAGAGCAGAAGCUGAGGCUUUACUGAAGGAGACCUGCUGCAAACUCACCGCAGGAGAGGAAUAAAAGGACGGCAGACACACACUGACAUCCAGGUGCUGUCGUGAUCAUCCAGACUCCGUCUACACCAAACACAUGCCUCAUGUUACGACGCAUCAGAACUAGAUUAUUCUGUAGCAAUCAAUGAAACAGUCACCUUCAGUUGAUAGAGGCUCCUUUUCUGUUUUUGAUGAACCACAUAACUAUUUUUCCCGUCCAUCAACAAAAAUAUAAUGUACUGUAUAUUAAUCUUCUGACUUGAUGCUUCAAAGCCAGCUUGUGAUUUUUUUUGGACCUUCACGUUUAAAUAAUUUUACUAGUAAUAAUUUUAAGAGUACCAACUCAGGGUUAUAUGAUUGAGUCGUUUGAUGAUUGUCUUCGUUUGAUCAGAAUGGUUGACUCCAUGGCCUAUGAAGUUGAAAUAGUUUUAUUUUUUGCUUUGUUCAUUUGAAGUUAUCCUUCAGAAAUCAUCAUAAUGCACUUAAUUCACUGGUAAGUUAUUAGCCAUUGAACUGGUUUGUAAUAAUAAUUGCAAGAAUUGUGAAUUAGAAUGAGCAGCAGUAGUAAGACAUCUUUUAUAUACUGUAUGCAUAUGUGUAUGUAAUAUACUGCUUUGAAUCACUGGGCUGUGGAUCAUCUUUUUGUCUUUUGUUUGUCAAAGUAGUUUAAUGAACAGUUCACCUGAAAUUGACAGUUAUGUCAUCAUUUGCUCAACCUCAUGUCAUUCCAAAUUCAUAUAACUGUUGAUGUGCAUGGAUAUAUGAAAAGAGAUAUUUUGCAGAAUGUUCAAGCCACUCGUUUCCAUACAGUUAGAUUUGGCAGGUUUUUGGCUCUCUCCUAAAAAAGCUAUAAUGUCAUGUGCUAUAAGUCUUUGGAGGUCUAUGUGUGUUGAACAGAACAAUAUUUAAAUUAUGACAGUGUUUAUUUGUGGGUGAACUGUUCACGUUUUAAUUCACAAAACAGACCUGGAAAAUCAGUGUGUGGACAUUUAGAGCAGAAGUUUUGUUUUAUUAGGCCAGUGAUCACCAAACAUAAAGCUGAUUGAAGACUGUAUUGUAUGAUGUAGCACAGAGCUUGUGCCAAUAAACAAUCUUCCAGUUGA